AUGAGGGCUCAAUUGUUCGGCGACCAAACGUCGGCUAACUUCGCAAAUGACAUUCUGAAACUCGGCGACGGUAAAGUGCCGCUUGACGCUGAUGGGGAAUUGGACGUCCACCCGUUCGCAACUCCCGUUUCAUCUUUGGCCGAACUCACUGAUAAAGUGUUUCCCCAUUUAAAAGAUAAUUAUCUCAAUCAUGAAUGGCUGUCUGAAAGAGCAGUGCUGGCCCCGAAAAACGUGACCGUUACAAAACUCAAUGAUCAACCGUUGCAGUCACUUCCCGGUGCUCCUUUCGCAUACAAAUCUGUAGAUACGAUGGUAGAUGCGAAUGAAUCGCUGAAUUUCUCAACGGAGUUCUUCAACUCUCUAUACCCUCCGAGCCUACAACCACAUCUGCUCCACCUUAAAGUUGGAAGUCCGGUUGUGCUUUUGCGCAAUUUGGAGCCCUCCAGACUGUGCAACGGAACACAUCUGGUUGUAAAAAAAUUGAUAAAGCAUGUUGUCGAGGCAACCAUCCUAUCCGGAUGCGGAAAAGGUGAGGAUGUAUCCAUUCCCAGGAUUCCCCUUACUCCCUCUGGAGCAGACAUAUUUUUCGCCUUCAGAAGACUGCAAUUCCGGCUCCGACCUAGCUUCGCCAUGUCUGUCAACAAGUCCCCGGGCCAGACACUUUCUGUGGCUGGACUUCUCUUGGAAGAGCCUUGCUUUUCCCACGGCCAGCUGUACGUUGCAUGCUCCAGAGUCGGCAGUAGAGACAGACUGCUUGCAUUAACACGUCGGGGGAAGACAAGAAACAUAGUCCUACAACAAAGUGCUACGUAUUUGCCAAGGCUGAAGUGGGUACGUUAUCGCCAUGCAUGCACAUAA